CCCAGUCGCAGCCAUUUUACUCCGUGAAAUAAACUUCAAUCUCGGAGCUGGGGAGAAGAAAAACAAGUGCAGCAGCUCAGCGGACGGCCAUGGACACGUCGCUGUGAACCAGAGCUCGGGCGGAUUCGGGUUUCAAGUCCUCGCACUUCGGUUUGACUCCAUGGCUUAAAGUCACUCUACACAGGAAGUACCCCAGACAUCUUUCUCCUCCGUCCCUUGCUGUCCUCUGCUACUAAACGUAGCAGCGAGACGUAACAUAAAGGGACGGAGACUUACACCCCUGUUGCUUGUCUGGGACCCUCAUCAACCCGCACCUCUCCUGAGGCGGGAUGGAGCCCCAGGCUUCUCAGUGGCAGCUUGGUGCAGAGGGGGAUUGUGGGAUGUUGGGUCUGCUCGUGCCCAGUCCCCAGAGUGAGGCGGUGACCCAUGAGCUGGAGGAGCUAACGCUGCAGCCUGCACAGAACCUACCUCCGCUCAGUGAACGCAAAAAUGUCCUGCAGUUGAGACUUCAGCAAAGGCGAACCCGAGAGCAGCUGGUUGACCAGGGCAUCAUGCCACCUCUCAAGAGCCCUGCAGCAUUCCAUGGGCAGAUCCGCAGCUUGGAGAGAGCCAGGACUGAGAAUUUCCUGAAGCACAAGAUCCGCAGUCGUCCAGAGAGAGCAGAGCUGGUCAGGAUGCACAUCCUACAAGAGACUGGAGCAGAGCCCUCACUGCAGGCCACCCAGAUGAGGCUGAAGAGGGCCCGUCUGGCCGACAAUCUGAACGAGAUGAUCGCUCAGAGACCCGGCCCGAUGGAGCUGGUGGAGAAGAACAUCCUGCCAGUGGAUUCCAGCGUUAAACAAGCCAUCAUUGUGGGCCAGGUGAAUUACCCUAAGGUGUUGGAUGAAGACAGCUGCGAUGCUCUGUCCCCAGAGCAGCCAGCCAGCCAGGAGUCCCAAGCCUCUGUCCCCUCACCAGCGGAGAGCAAAGUACCAGAUACUCCAUCUCCUGCUCUAGCACCUCCACCACUUUCCAGCAACAUUUUUCAGGCCCUCCCAGUUGCUACACAAGCACCAACAGACCUUGUGAAAGUGAUCUCUACCAGUGAGCUUCUGGCCGCUCGCCCAGCCAUCUCUGUUGCUCCCUCGAAACCAGGCCCAACACUGGUGAAACAAAGCCAGCCGAAGACACCCUCAGAGAAGAGUCGCAGUAAGAAAGGCAAAGAGCCAAAGUCCAGGGUGAAGAAGCUGAAAUACCACCAGUAUGUUCCUCCAGACCAGAAGCAGGAGGUCAGUGAAGCACCCAUGGACUCGUCUUAUGCCCGACUACUGCAGCAGCAGCAGCUAUUCCUCCAGCUGCAGAUCCUCAGCCAGCAACAGCAGCACUACAACUACCAGACUAUACUACCAGCACCACUCAAACCUGUGGCAGAGGGUCAGAGCGGCGCUGGCAGCAGCCUGCCAACCUCCAUCAUGGUGUCUCUGCCCACUGCUCCUCCGCCUCCCCCUCUGCCUACAUCUGCGGCCCGGCCAAACUCGCUGUCCAAUCGCAAGCCAGGAGUCUUGCCUGCCAACUUGGAGGAGAUGAAGGUGGCAGAGCUGAAACUGGAGCUAAAGCUGCGAGGCCUUCCUGUGUCAGGAACAAAAACUGACCUGAUAGAGAGACUUAAGCCAUUCCAGGACAAUCUCCGCACCUCUGCUCCUACCAGCAUUCCUCAACCGACCACUACCACCUCCACCCCCAUGGACGUCACCACUGCCACCACCACCUGCACCACCCAAACCAUUGUCCUUCCAGUCCAGCAGGUGACUCUAGAGAGCAUGAGAUCCACGCCACCAGUCUCACCCAACCCCACUGAGCCCUCCAGCCUCCAGCAGGAUGUGGGCAUGUCUGUGGCACAUUCCGAAGUACAAGUGAUGAGCUCUGGCUCAGCAGGUCCACAGUCCUCACCGCUCCUGUCUUUUCACAUCCCGGAGGAAAAGGACAGGAGGCUCCAUGAGAAGGAGAGGCAGAUAGAGGAGUUGAUGAGGAAGCUGGAGCACGAGCAGAGGUUGGUGGAGGAGCUGAAGACUCAGCUGGAGGUGGAGAAGAGAGGUCUGGGUGGCUGCAGUGCCGAGUCUACCUCUGUAUCUCCGAAACUAACCUCUGUCCCUGCCAUGAAUCCUGUUGCUACUGUCCUGAAUUCAAAUGUCGUAAAAAUGGAGAGUACGGUCCUGUCAAACUGUUCAUCCACUAAUGCCACAAUCCAAAACUCUGUCUUGGGCUCCCCUGCUCUCACAAGCCCCCUCCCGACCAUGGUGAAGUUGGAGGAUGUCACUGUUUCUGGUGGCAAGCCGCUCCAACUGCAGACUCCGACCCAGCUCAUCACGCAGAUCCAGCCCCAAGUAAGCACCAGCCCGCAGCUGCUCUCACAGUCACAGAGAAGUCCCAAACUCCAGACUCAGUCUCAAACCACUGCACCCAGCCUGCAGCAGUUCUUCAUCAGCCACACAGGUGGAGUUUCCCAAAUGCUGACUGGCCAGGGUGGGACUCAGAUCCUGCUCCCGGUCUCACUACCGAACAACGCUACUACAAUCCAGCUGCCAAGCACCACUGUCAGCCUGCAGCCUGUUCUCCAGGCCGCAGUCUCAAAUCCAGGCCUGGUACAGACGUCUGUUCCUCAGCUGCAGAGCUUUCAGAUGGAGACAGCACCCAACCAGCAGUUACCAAACCACAACCCGCUGCUACAGACUCUGACAGUGUGCAAUAGUUCUACUGGUUUAGAGAACCAGGGUCGGCCUGAGAUGAAUCCCCAGCAUUUCCUCAGAAGCUCCCCAGAGAACAGGGUUUCUCCACGGGCCUCACCCAACCACCGCAUCUCCAAUGGACCCCUUAAUAAGUCUCCUUCGCCCCAGCCUGCCUUCAUCCUCCAGCCCACCUCUCUUAUCAGUCAGCCUCCCAAAUCAAGAGAGCCUCCCCGCUACGAGGAAGCUGUCAAGCAGAGCCGCAACAUGCACAUCAACAAUGUUUCGCAGCCUCAAGUCUCUUUACCCUUUUGGCUAUCUUCUCAGGUUCCUACGGCAACCAGCCAGCAAAUGGAUGACUUGUUCGACAUCCUCAUAGAGAGUGGAGAAAUGACACCUUUUAUCCAGCAGGACCCCUCAGUGUCUCUUGGUAAGAGCCACCCCAUCACAGCCAGUAUCACCACCCUGCCUGUGAACACAGUGCUCUCCAGACCACCUCCACAGGUCCAUUUGGCCCCUCCACCCACCCUGAGCCUCGCUGUCGACCCCUGCCUGCCAAGCCUCUCCUCUCUGGCCACAGACAACCAGCUGGAGGCCUUCCUGGAGGGGACGCUGGCUGGAACGUCACCGGCGUCAGACCUGCGCACACAGGGUCUGAUGGAGGAGCUUCAGGCCCAGCUGAUGGACCAGCAACCUUACUCACCCAUGGACACAUCAGACCUGUCUUUCUGCGAUUCCUCCUCACCCACUUCCUCGUUCAACAUGGGCCUGUCUGACCCGACACUGGACAAUAUGGAGUGGCUGGACCUCACCAUGCCCCCGGGUCCUGCAGGGGCACUCACACCACUGGGGAUCCCAACUGACUUCCUGGAUUCACAUGACCUGCAGCUGCACUGGGACUGAGAGAGGGUGAUAGAGGAGAGGAGGUUGAGCUGCUGAGCCAAGAGUGAAAGAUGGAUGGAUGAAGUGAAGAAGAAAAAAGAACAUUUUUGCCACAUUAAGGCUGACUUUAAACAUUUUAAAUAUGGAAGCAAAGGAAGGAGACAACAUGGCAUUUCUGUGCCAUAUCACUCUUUUAACAUCUGUUACAAUCCCACUAUACUAGAGGAAGACACGCUGUACAGGCAGUGCACUGAUCAAGCUGAACUACAAGCAGGAGUUUGCACAGCUUUAAAACAGAGGCCUACUAUGGCCCGAAAAUUAUCACUAAGGUGAUGAAGGGAUUUUAAAGUAAUAAGACUUUAAUUUGUGAUUUACAGACAGAGACAGAGCCAAAUGAAGACUGGUAGCAUGGACUGUUUGUAAAUACUGUUAAAAUCACAAUUCAACUGUCUGUCAGUGCAGCCUCAGCUGGUGUCCACUUCAUUAAGAAACACUUAGACUAACGCCUCGGCCACACUGGCUGUGUGAGCCACGUGUCUCAGUUGCGUCUCCUGAGUGUGAGCUGCGCUGCUCCUCUAGAGAGUCGAGGUCUCGCCUAUUUUCUCCACGUACCGUGCUCGGUUCACAAAAGAAUAGAUGGUGAAAAUGUAGACUCAGUAGAUCGGAGACGCAGCCGUCACGCUGCACACACACCCAGGCGUAAAAUCAGUCUGUGCUGCACUGUCAAAUCUGUCUGUUACCUUUCCGAUGUAACGUGUUCAGACGUGACACGGAACCAAGUUUUACAAUUUCCCAACUGAGACGUGGUCAAGCCUCCUGUUCAAACUGGUCCAGUCUACCACAUACUGUAGAUUACGUGUUUUCUGACAAAUCUGAUUUGCUGUAUCAGAUGUGACUGUUUUCUUCUGACCUAUCGGGACCCCUCCGGUCAAGCUGAUGAACCAAUGAAUCUAAAGAACAAAAAGACUCAACUCCAGUCAGGCGACGAGAGGAGGAGGCUCCUCCCUCUAACUGAGAGCUAUGCACUACGGAGGCGGAGCAAUCUAACGAUGCGCCUCAUUCACCUCAGAACAAGGAAAUGUGAACUUUGCAUAUCCAAUAUGAUCGUGAACAAAAAUGAUUGUGAUUGAUGCAGCGAUCAUGUGGCCAAUCACUAUAGAGAUACUGCAGCUGGUGUCCAAGUUACUUUGAAUGUACUUUUCGACAAGAACGAAAAAUAGGACUUUACGUACAAAGUUGGCAGCUGUUUUUUUCCCCCUCUGAUCGUAAACUGACGUGAAACAGUAGAAAGGGAGCAAACACAAGCAGAUGUGAUACGUGUGAACAUGCGAGCGCUGCAAGUUAUAUCAAGAAAGAUGUCUUUUAGAAGAUGAGCUUUAUAUCUAGCUGUCCUACAGUAUCCCUGCACUUUGUGUGUGUGUGUGUGUGUGUGUGUGUGUGUGUGUGUUCGUGUGUGAAUGUGUGUGUGUGUGUGUCAGGAUGGGGAACUACUGCAUCACUAGCCAUCAAAUGUGACUGUUAGGUUUGCCUGUAGCUGAUAAGUUAGUCUGUUCUUCUUCCAGCCCAUUUAUCUAAAGACCAACCAUCAUCUGGAGGGUCUUUGUUUAAAUAACAGACAGUUAGGCAGCACUGUGGUAAAGCAGUUAGCACUGUUGCCUCGCAACAAGAGGGUUGCCAGUUUGAAUCCCUCCAGUCCAAAGUCAUGCAGGGUUAGACUCUAAAUAAACUUGUCGGUGAGACAGUGUUAACAUAGGAGUUGUUUGUCUCUAUAUUAGGCCGGCUGUCGACAUGGGAUUGGCUCCAUCUUCCCCCACGACCCUCAAAAGAUAAGCGGUGUAGAUAGUGAAUGGACGGAUGAUGAAGGUCGUCUAACAGUGAUGCAUCAGCCACAGUGGACUGUCAACAAAGUCUCCUGACGCUGCGAGUGAGUGAAGCAAGCAUGUUGAUCUAUGUGUGUGUCUGUGUGCGUGGAAUCGUCUUCCUGUCUCCUGCAUGAACAUCGGUGUGCGUCUCUGUGUGCAUGAUCGUAUCCGCAUUUAAUCUUGGGCACCGUUUCGAGCACUUUCACAGCCAUCGCCCUCAAGUUGUAUGAAACAUCUACAAAAAAAUCCAUUCGGCUUCUUCUAAAAGGUUUACUCUUCAAACGGCUUCUGAUGACUGUUGUACUGUUUUUAUCCGUGUUGUCCCGUCGGUGUGAAACAGUCACAAACGCGCACACACACCUUUCGAGGGCUGAGCUCCCUCUAAAGCCGUCAUAAACGCUCCCAUGGAUUACAUCAUAUCCCACUCACUAAGCCAAAACAAUGAUUUAGUAUCUGAGUCGAAAUAUCUUUUUAGGAUUGAUACAGUCCUUCUCUAUGGCACUUUGAAACGAGAUUGCUCUUUUUAAUUCUCUCUCUUUUUUAUAUCAGUCACAUUCUGUGAAGUGAUGCUCGCAUUUUAACCACUUUAUCAUGUAAUUACGUCCGUGGGCACUAGAGGGGGCGUGUGCUCUCCAGUUGUGGCAUGACGGCACUUCAGGGUCAUUUCUGGCAGAAUAAAAAGUCAGUUGGGCUAUUUUAUUUUAAAAGUUGUUUUUUUUUUUUUUGAUUUGCUGUUUACAUCAGCAAUAAUGUGGAGUGCUGAGCAAAAUGACAGAGAGCCCUUUAUGUUGACACUGUCUUGUCAGAGUUUGAUGCUCUUACUGCUGCAGUAACACGUUUUAUCAUCACAUCAAGACACCAGUGCUCAAAACCCAGAGUUACGCCAAAUACUGCACAGAAACACACUUUUUGUUGUGUUGUAUUUCAGUUGUUUUUCUUUCGUCACAAACGGUAUAGGUCACAUGUUGUGAGACGAUGAGGUCAUUGUUGUUUUCUUCUUCAGUGUGUCUGCUUUAAGGCAGAUUUGAUAUUUUGUUGCCUAAAAAGGCAGAGGAACAUAAUAUCUUUUUUAUUUAGGUUGAAACGUAAUAGCAGAAACCAUGUAAUCUUGUUUGGACGGUUGUGUAAAAUCUGUAAACAAUGAUUUCAUGUGUAUAUUUUUGGUUUGCAGAGUUUUUUUUGUUCAUAUCAUAUCAGACACAAACCUCUUGGCUGCAGUAGAUCUACAUGACGACGUUACGGCUCCCAGUGUUGGCCGUGUUUGUUGCUGACUGGCCAGACGGGGACAGCUAAGAGCAAUAAUGGCGGCUCUCCCUGGAUAUACUGUACUGUAUGUCUAAUCCUGCCUUGAUUUUACUUGUGCAGGAGCCUUUACUGCAUACACAGUCACACAUUGGUUCAAAAUCACUUUUUAUCCGAGUGGUGAAGCGAGGAUUCGAUUAAAUGAAGUUAUUUUAGAGGUGUGUUUAAACCACAUCAGUCUGUUCUCCCGCUCGUCCUCAUUCAUCCAUGUUGUUUACCAUCAUGUGAACAUUGUACAAUUCUUCUCAUGGCGAAGCUGAACAAGAUGAGUCAUUACAAUAUAUGUAUUUUGGUAUAAUAUCAGAUGAUUCUUCAUUCAUUCUUCAUUGUAGCCGAGUCUCCUUCUCUGUCUCCACCACCCAUGCCAUGCCUCUUGUUUGUAAUGCCAUAUGUUUUGCACAUUGUGUAUAUAUUUAUAUAGAUGCAAUGCAUAUUUUUAUACAUGUGUAACAUCCAUGGGCUCCGUAUUUUGUAAAUACUCCAAAAAAGCGAUGUGUAUAUAAGUACUGUAUGCCUUUAUGUGUCAAUAAAAUAAUUUGGUGUACUGUGAACUAUGCCUCUGCAGAAGUUAAUUACAGAAUAUUUUACACCUUUUAAAGAAAAGAAGUAUAUACAUGCAUAUAUUUGUACACAUAUGUAGCCUUUUCCAAAAAAAAAUUGGACAGGGCCACUUGAUUUGGCUUGUGUUUGUCAGAGCAUACAGUUCCUUGUUGGACUUGUCAGGUGAUUUGCAUGUGUUUGCAUCUGUUCAAUAGUUCAGUUCCAUUUUCCAUAUGAACGAUGUGUGUCUAUAAAUAUAUUUUCCUAAUACAAAGGAGACUGCAUUGUUCGUACACCAGCACUUGUCUCUGA